AUGGAACGGUGUGCUUGCCAAAAACAAGCUGACCUUGGCAACAUCGAGAAACAGAGGCGCCAGCUGAGAGGCAAAAUGGGUGACGAUGAGUGGAACACCCGCCUCCUUCGAACAUUUACUCAAUGGACGGAUUAA